AUGUUGAGAAUGAGACUACAAGCGGGUGCUUCGCGCCGUUUUUUAAGCGGCACUUCGCGCAUGCUUGCGGAGAAGAAGAAGCAUGAUCUCGUGGUGGUUGGCUCCGGCCCCGGUGGCUACGUGGCUGCCAUCAAGGCCGCACAGCUUGGCUUCGACACGGCUUGCGUGGAGAAGCGUGGCAGAGCCGGUGGUACCUGUUUAAACGUUGGGUGCAUCCCUUCCAAGGCGUUGCUGAACAACUCCCAUUUGUACCAUCAAAUGAAACACGAGGCUAAACAGAGGGGUAUCGACAUCAGCGGAGACGUCUCCGUUAACGUCGCCCAGCUGCAGAAAGCCAAGGAUACCUCCGUCAAGCAGUUGACGGGUGGUAUUGAGAUGCUGUUCAAGAAAAACGGCGUCACGUACUACAAGGGCCACGGCUCCUUCGAAGACGAAAACAACAUCAAAGUCUCUCCAGUAGAGGGCGUCGAGGGCAGCGUCACCGAAGAGACAAUUUUGGAGGCCAAGAACAUCAUCGUGGCUACAGGUUCUGAGGUGACGCCGUUCCCAGGGAUCAAGAUCGAUGAAGAGAGAAUCGUUUCUUCAACCGGUGCUCUAUCCCUCAAAGAGGUCCCCAAGAGACUGGCGAUUAUCGGUGGUGGUAUCAUCGGGCUGGAGAUGGGCUCUGUUUACUCCAGACUGGGCUCCAAGGUCAGCGUGGUUGAAUUCUUGCCUAAGAUUGGUGCCACUAUGGACGACGAAGUUGCAUCCGCCACUCAGAAGUUUUUGAAGAAGCAGGGCUUCGACUUCAAGCUGGGAACCAAGGUUCUCUCUGCUGAGCGGAACGGCGAUGUCGUGAACAUCGAGGUUGAAAAUGUCAAGAGCGGGAAGAAAGAGUCCUUGGAGGCAGAUGUUCUUCUGGUUGCGAUUGGUAGAAGGCCUUACAUCCAGGGCCUAAACGCCGAGAAGCUGGGCCUGGAAGUUGACAAGAGAGGUCGCCUGGUCAUUGAUGAACAGUUCAACACUAAGUUCCCCCACAUCAAGGUCAUCGGUGACGUAACCUUUGGCCCUAUGUUGGCUCACAAGGCUGAAGAAGAAGGUAUUGCCGCUGUGGAGUACUUGAAGGAGGGCCACGGUCACGUUAAUUAUGCCAACAUUCCAUCCGUUAUGUAUACCCAUCCAGAGGUCGCUUGGGUCGGAAAGACUGAGGAACAGUUGAAGGAAGCUGGCAUCUCUUAUAAGAUUGGUAAGUUCCCAUUCAUGGCUAACUCCAGAGCUAAGACCAACCAAGACUCUGACGGCUUUGUCAAGAUUUUGAUUGACGCUGAGACCGAGAGGAUCUUGGGCGCUCACAUCAUUGGUCCUAAUGCCGGUGAGAUGAUUGCUGAGGCAGGCCUUGCUUUGGAAUACGGCGCUUCCGCAGAAGACGUUGCUCGUGUGUGCCAUGCCCACCCAACUCUUUCCGAAGCUUUCAAGGAGGCUAACUUGGCUGCUUAUUCCAAAUCAAUUAACUUUUAG